AUGGCCGACAUGUCUGCCGUGACUGACGACAAACUCUCCCCCGGUCACGACGACCUGCAGCAGCCCGGCAACGGUGCUGAUGCCCGCGUCCCCAAGCGCAACCGCAUGAGCGCUGAGGACGAUGAUGACGAUGAUGACAAGCCUGGUCGUGAGCGCCGCAAGAUUGAGAUCAAGUUCAUCCAGGACAAGUCGCGUCGCCACAUCACCUUCUCGAAGCGUAAGGCUGGUAUCAUGAAGAAGGCCUAUGAGCUUUCCGUCCUCACCGGCACUCAGGUGCUGUUGUUGGUUGUUUCCGAGACCGGACUGGUCUACACCUUCACCACCCCCAAGCUCCAGCCUCUGGUUACCAAGGCUGAGGGUAAGAAUCUCAUCCAGGCUUGUUUGAACGCGCCCGAUCCUACCACCAAUGAGAACGGGAUCGACGCACCCGACGCGCCGGCUGAGGCCCCCGAAGAUGUCGCCCACAACAACGUCCCUGCCGGCCAGCCCAACAUGCGCCCCGGCAUGCACCCUGGCUACAUGACCAGCGAGCAGCAACAGCAGAUGGCCUACUACCAGAACCUCCAACAGCACCAGGCUGGUGGCCAGUAUCCCGGUAUGCCAGUAGGCAGCCGCAUGCCCUCUUCGCAUCAACCCACCGCGUAA